AUGAAACUCUCCACUUUCGGCUCAGCCCUUGUGGGCCUAGCUGUUGCCCACGCUUCAACUGUCGAGUAUAGUGCUGUAACGGGUUAUUUCCUUCAAGAUGAGGAUUCCACUGAUGCUUCUACAUUCGAUUAUACAGCGGAGAACUUCGGCUUGAUUAAUCGGUCAUACCCUGCCGAUCAGAAGCUCAAGAAUCAGGCUUCCUUGACCCAGUGGGAGCGGUUCCAUCACCAGGUUGUUAAGCUUAAUGAGGAGUCCGCUAAGAAUGUUGAGUAUAAGGUUCUCUUUUUGGGGAGGCAUGGUGAGGGUUGGCAUAAUGCUGCCGAGACUUAUUAUGGAACUCCGGCUUGGAAUUGCUACUGGGCCGAACUAAACGGCAACAGCACAGCAACCUGGGCCGACGCAAGCCUAACAGAAAACGGCAUACAGCAAGCCCAAAAAGCGCACGAUUUCUGGGCAUCCCAAAUCAAAUCCCAAAACAUCCACACACCCGACGCAUACUACGUCUCCCCACUAACACGCGCCCUCCAAACAGCAAACUACACCUUCACAAACCUAGCCCUACCACACGGCGCCACCCCUUUCAAGCCCACAGUCAAAGAACUCUUCCGCGAAGGAAUAAGCAUCCACACCUGCGACCACCGCCGCAACGCCAGCUAUAUCAAGUCCCUAUUCCCGGCUUGGCGGCUUGAAGACGGGUUCGUGGAGAACGAUCCGUUCUGGAAUGGUGUUGAAGGGGAGACGAGUGAUGCGGAGGAUGUUAGGAGUGCUACUGCCCUGAAUGAGGUUUUCUUUGGUAAGGGCGGGAAGGUUCAGCAUGAGGGGGCGUUUGUUUCGGUUACGUCGCAUUCGGGUGAGAUUUCUUCUAUUCUGAGGGUUGUCGGGCAUCGCACGUUCAGGUUGAAUACUGGAGCUGUCAUUCCUGUUCUUGUUAAGGCUGUGAAGUCUGGGAAGGGUGAGAUUGGGAGUGUUACUUCCUCGCCGUCGUGGACUGUUAGUCCGCAUUGUACUGAGCCGCCGGUUUCGUCGGUUACUGCUUGUGUUUGUCCUUCUAGUGCUGUUCCUGUUACUACUCCGCUAGUUACUGGGGCUUAG